AUGGCAAGGAAGAGAUUUUCUGGAUUAGAAAUCUCUCUGAUUGUCCUUUUUGCUAUAGUUACUAUAAUAGCUAUUGCCCUAAUUGCUGUUUUAGCAACUAAGACACCUGCUGUUGAAGCAAUUAGUAAUUCUACUUCAACUCCGCCUACCACUCAUACAACCACCGUGUAUCCCAGUUCAGGAAAAUGUCCAAGCGAGCUCAAUGAUCCUAUCAAUGAGAGAAUAAAUUGCAUUCCAGAACAAUUACCAACACAGGCAGUUUGCGCAGUGCGAGGUUGCUGUUGGAGGCCAUGGAAUAACUCCCUUAUUCCUUGGUGCUUCUUCGCAGAUAAUCAUGGCUAUAAUGUUGAGAGAAUGACAACAACAAGUACUGGACUUGAAGCCAAAUUAAACAGGAUACCGUCACCUACACUAUUUGGAAAUGACAUUUCUAGUGUUCUCUUCACAACUCAAAAUCAGACAGCUAAUCGUUUCCGGUUUAAGAUUACUGAUCCAAAUAAUAGAAGAUAUGAAGUUCCUCAUCAGUUUGUAAAAGAAUUUACUGGCCCCACAGCUUCUAAUACAUUGUAUGAUGUGCAGGUUAUAGAAAAUCCAUUUAGUAUCAAAGUUAUUAGAAAAAGCAAUCAGAGAAUUUUGUUUGACACCACCAUUGGUCCUUUGGUGUACUCUGACCAGUAUAUACAGAUUUCAGCCAGACUUUCCAGUGAAUAUAUUUAUGGCCUUGGGGAACAUAUUCAUAAGAGAUAUCGUCAUGAUUUAUACUGGAAAACAUGGCCAAUUUUUACCCGAGAUCAACUUCCCGGUGAUAAUAAUAAUAAUUUAUAUGGUCAUCAAACAUUCUUUAUGUGCAUUGAAGAUACUUCUGGAAAGUCAUUUGGUGUUUUCUUGAUGAACAGCAAUGCAAUGGAAUUUUUCAUCCAGCCUACUCCAAUAGUAACUUACAGAAUUAUUGGUGGAAUUCUGGACUUUUACAUCUUUUUAGGAGAUACACCAGAACAAGUAGUUCAACAGUAUCAAGAGCUUAUUGGACGGCCAGCAAUGCCAGCAUAUUGGAGUCUGGGAUUCCAGCUGAGUCGCUGGAAUUAUAAGUCCCUUGAUGUAGUGAAAGAAGUGGUAAAACGAAAUCGGGAUGCUGGCAUACCAUUUGAUACCCAGGUCACUGAUAUUGACUAUAUGGAAGACAAGAAAGCCUUUACUUAUGAUAAAGUUGCAUUUAGUGGGCUCCCUGAAUUUGUUCAAGAUUUGCAUAACCAUGGACAGAAAUAUGUCAUCAUCUUGGACCCUGCAAUUUCCAUAAAUAAACUAAGCAAUGGAGCAGCAUAUGAAACCUAUGAGAGGGGAAAUGCAAAACAUGUGUGGGUAAAUGAUUCAGAUGGGACUACACCAAUUAUUGGCGAGGUAUGGCCAGGAUUAACAGUAUACCCUGAUUUUACUAAUCCAAACUGCAUGGAUUGGUGGGCAGAUGAAAGCAGCAUUUUCCAUCAAGAAGUAAAAUAUGAUGGACUUUGGAUUGACAUGAAUGAAGUUUCCAGCUUUGUUCAAGGUUCCACAAAAGGAUGCAAUGACAAUAAACUGAACUAUCCACCGUUUACUCCUGAUAUUCUUGAUAAACUCAUGUAUUCCAAAACAAUUUGCAUGGAUGCUGUGCAGCACUGGGGGAAACAGUAUGAUGUUCACAGCCUCUAUGGAUACAGCAUGGCUAUCGCCACGGAGAAAGCCCUAGAGAAGGUUUUUCCUAAUAAGAGAAGUUUCAUCCUCACACGAUCAACUUUUGCGGGGUCUGGAAGCUAUGCUGCCCACUGGCUAGGAGACAACACUGCUUCGUGGGAGCAGAUGGAGUGGUCUAUCACAGGAAUGUUGGAGUUCAAUUUGUUUGGAAUGCCAUUGGUUGGAGCAGACAUAUGUGGAUUUGUGGUUGAAACCACAGAAGAGCUUUGCAGAAGGUGGAUGCAACUUGGGGCAUUUUAUCCCUUUUCCAGGAACCAUAAUGCUGAUGUAUAUGAGCAUCAGGAUCCAGCAUUUUUUGGCCCGAACUCUCUUUUGGUUAAUUCAUCAAGGCACUAUUUGAAUAUCCGCUACACCUUAUUGCCUUUCCUGUAUACUCUGUUUUACAAAGCCCAUAAGUUUGGAGAAACAGUAGCAAGGCCAGUUCUUCAUGAGUUUUAUGAGGAUACGAAUUCCUGGAUUGAGGAUACCCAGUUCUUGUGGGGCCCCUCAUUACUUAUUACUCCAGUUUUGAAAGAGGGAGCAGACACAGUGAGUGCAUACAUCCCUAAUGCUACUUGGUAUGAUUAUGAAACUGGCGCAAAAAGGCCAUGGAAAAAACAACGUGUUAAUAUGUAUCUUCCAGGAGACAAAAUAGGAUUACAUCUUAGAGGAGGCUCUAUUAUCCCCAUUCAGCAACCUGCUGUAACUACAACCGCAAGCCGAAAGAACCCUCUAGGACUGAUAGUUGCAUUAGAUGAAGCUAACACAGCAAAAGGAGACUUUUUUUGGGAUGAUGGUGAAACUAAAAAUACCAUACAAAACGGCAACUACAUUUUAUAUACAUUUUCAGUUUCUAAUAACAAAUUAGAUAUUAUAUGCACACAUUCAUCAUACCAGGAAGGAACUGCAUUAGCAUUUGAGACUAUAAAAAUCCUUGGGUUGAUAGAUUCUGUUACACAAGUUACAGUGGUGGAAGAUAAUCAGCCAAUGAAAGCUCACUACAAUUUUACUUACACCGCUUCCAACCAGAGUCUCCUAAUUUACAGUCUCAACUUUAAUCUUGGAAAAAACUUUUCCAUUCAAUGGAAUCAAAUUUUUUCUCAAAAUGAGAAGUUUACUUGUUAUCCAGAUGCAAGCACUGCAAGUAAAGAAAAGUGUGAAGAACGUGGCUGUUUAUGGGAAAUGCCUACCAGUCAAUCCCGAGCACCUGCAUGUUACUUCCCUAGACAACACAACCCUUAUGUAGUCAGUACAACUCAGUAUUCAUCAAUGGGGGUAACAGCUGACCUCCGGCUGAAUGCUGCAAGUGCUCGAAUAAAGCUACCUUCCGUACCCAUCUCAACACUUCGUGUGGAGGUGAAAUAUCACAAAAAUGAUAUGCUGCAGUUUAAGAUUUAUGAUCCCCAAAAUAAGAGAUAUGAAGUUCCAGUACCUUUGAACAUUCCAGCCACGCCAACAAGUACUUAUGAAAAUAGACUUUAUGACGUUGAAAUCAAGGAAAAUCCUUUUGGCAUCCAGGUUCGACGGAGAAGCACAGGAAGAGUUAUUUGGGAUUCUCACCUGCCUGGAUUUGCUUUUAAUGACCAGUUUAUUCAAAUAUCUACUCGCCUGCCAUCAGAAUAUAUAUAUGGUUUUGGGGAAGCGGAACACACAGCAUUUAAGAGAGACCUGAACUGGCAUACUUGGGGAAUGUUCACAAGAGACCAACCCCCUGGUUAUAAACUUAACUCCUAUGGAUUUCAUCCGUAUUACAUGGCCCUGGAAGAUGAAAGCCAUGCUCAUGGAGUUCUCUUACUUAACAGCAAUGCAAUGGAUGUUACUUUCCAGCCAACUCCUGCUUUAACUUACCGCAUAAUUGGAGGAAUCUUGGACUUCUAUAUGUUUUUGGGCCCAACUCCGGAAGUUGCAACAAAGCAAUACCAUGAAGUAAUUGGCCGACCAGUCAUGCCACCUUACUGGGCUUUGGGAUUUCAAUUAUGUCGUUAUGGGUACAGAAAUACUUCAGAGGUUCAGCAAGUAUAUGAUGAUAUGGUGGCUGCUCAGAUCCCUUAUGAUGUUCAAUAUACAGACAUUGAUUACAUGGAAAGACAAUUAGACUUCACAAUUGAUGAAAACUUCCGUGAUCUUCCUGAGUUUGUUGACAAAAUAAGACAGGAGGGAAUGAGAUACAUUAUUAUCCUGGAUCCAGCCAUUUCAGGAAAUGAAACAAAGCCUUACCCUGCAUUUGAUAGAGGACAGGAGAAAGACGUUUUCAUCAAAUGGCCUAACACCAGUGAUAUUUGUUGGGCAAAGGUAUGGGAUUCAUAUAUUCAAAUAAAAUAAAGGAAAACAUUGGUAGAUGAGGAGGCAGGGACAGGGGUGAGGGCUUCCAGAGCUCAUGUAGCUUUUCCAGAUUUUUUCAGGAAUUCCACAGCAGAGUGGUGGGCAAGGGAAAUUAUAGAUUUCUACAAUAACCAGAUGAAGUUUGAUGGCUUGUGGAUUGAUAUGAAUGAACCAGCAAGUUUUGUACAUGGAACAGUUACUAAUCAGUGCAGAAAUAAAGACUUAAACUAUCCACCGUAUAUCCCAGAAAUCACAAAAAGGACAUAUGGGUUACAUUUCAGAACUAUGUGUAUGGAAACUGAACAGAUUCUUCGUGAUGGAUCAUCCGUUUUGCAUUAUGAUGUUCACAAUCUAUAUGGAUGGUCACAAAUGAAACCUACUUAUGAUGCAUUGCAAAAGACAACGGGCAAAAGAGGAAUUGUUAUUUCACGUUCAACAUAUCCUACUGGUGGACAAUGGGGAGGACACUGGCUUGGAGACAACUAUGCAAACUGGGACAAUUUGGACAAAUCGAUUAUUGGUAUGAUGGAAUUUAAUCUCUUUGGAAUUUCAUAUACUGGAGCAGAUAUCUGUGGUUUCUUCAACAAUUCAGAAUAUGAGCUCUGUGCCCGCUGGAUGCAACUUGGAGCAUUUUACCCAUACUCAAGAAAUCACAACAUUGCAUUUACUAGGAGACAAGAUCCUGCUUCCUGGAAUCAAACUUUUUCCGAAAUGUCAAAGAAUGUUCUAAAUAUUAGAUAUACUUUGUUGCCCUAUUUCUAUACACAGAUGCAUGAAAUUCAUGCUCAUGGUGGAACUGUUAUUCGGCCCCUUUUGCAUGAGUUCUUUAAUGACAAGGUAACCUGGGACAUAUUCAAGCAGUUCUUGUGGGGCCCAGCGCUUAUGGUCACCCCUGUAUUGGAACCUCGUAUGAACACUGUAAAAGGCUACGUCCCUGAUGCUCGGUGGUUUGAUUAUCAUACGUUUAGCCGACAGAACUACAUGAGGCUCAUUGCUGCUGCAGAUGCUAAUCAGACAGCACAGGGAUCUCUGUUUUGGGAUGAUGGAGAGGGCAUAGACACUUAUGAAAAAGACUUAUAUUUUCUGGUACAAUUUAAUUUGAACAAGAAUACCUUGACAAGCACUAUACUGAAAAAUGGUUAUGUAAACAAAAAUGAAAUGAGGCUUGGAUUCAUCAACAUAUGGGGGAAAGGAAAGACUUCUGUUAAUGAAGUUAAUCUCAUAUAUACUGGAAAUAAAGUGUCAGUUAAAUUUACUCAAGAGGCAAACAACGAAAUAUUAAACAUUGAUCUGACCGCGAAUAGUGUUACUCUCGAUGAACCAAUAGAAAUCAUCUGGUCAUGAAAAUCACCAUCAAUUCCAGUUGUCCAAAGGAAAUUAACACCUGGAUUUAAGGGUCACUGUACUUAUAGAUUUUCCUUUUUGUUGGUUUCUUAUAUUGUGUAAAAUUUGAUUUAAAAAACAUCUGUCUAUAGUUAUUCCACAGGGUACACUGGUAUUAAUACUAAUUUAUUCUAUUAGUGUGUUCUUGAUCUAAUUUUUAAUAUAUUUAGCACAAUUUAAAUAGU